CCGCCGCAGGGUGUACGAGUCCGGUGACAAGGGGGAUUCGUGGACGGAGGCACUCGGGACACUCUCGCGCGUGUGGGGCAACAAACGCGAGGGACCUGAGAAGGGCGUUGGGAGCGGGUUCGUCACAGCGACUGUUGGAGAUGAUCAUAAGAGAAGGGUGAUGCUCGUCACUCUGCCGGUUUAUUCCAAUGAAAAAGGCAACAAAAAGGGCAAACUUCAUCUUUGGCUGACGGACAAUACGCACAUUGUUGAUAUUGGGCCGGUAUCCAGGGAAGGGGAAGACGACGUUACCGCCAGCUCCCUGUUGUACAAAAGUGGUGGAGGUGAGAAUAAGGAGUUGAUUGCACUGUACGAGAAGGAUAGGAGCGGUGAAGAUACAUCGUCACGCAGUCUUUGGUCUGUGCUUCUGACUGCGCAGCUGGAGCGGGUGAAUGAGGUGGUGGCGACUUGGAAGAAAGUGGACGAAAGUGUCUCCAAGCUGUGCCACACUUCAAGUGCUGCGGAGAGUACCUCGACUGGCACUGCCUGCACUUCUGUGGUCACAGAUGGGCUGGUUGGCUUUUUGUCCGGCAACUUCUCUGAGAGUACAUGGAGGGACGAGUACCUCGGGGUGAACGCCACCGUGAAGAGCGGUGUUGGGGCAGCAGGGACUACCGAUGGCGUGAAGUUCACAAGGCGUGGCGCAGGGGCGGAGUGGCCCGUUGGCAGGCAGGGGCGGAAUCAGCUGUACCACUUUGCGAACUACAACUUCACUCUUGUGGCGACGGUGUCCAUCGACAAGGAAGCGACGGAGGGAGGUACCACUAUUCCAGUGAUGGGUGUGCGUCUGGAAGGCCAAGAGAAACUUAUGGAGUUGUCGUACGACAGCGAAAAGAAGUGGCAGGUGCUGUGCGAUGGCGUACCGAAUUCUGGGAAGCUCAGCAGCACUUUGGGGCCAACACAGCACGUGGUAAUUUUGCUACGGAACGGCAGCCAGGGCUCCGCGUACGUCGAUGGUCAGCGUGUGGGAGAUGCGCCAUGUGAAUUGAAAGUUACAGAUUCGAACGAGAUCUCCCACUUUUACAUUGGAGGGGAUGGAAGCGGCGCAGGGAGCCAAGAAGAGGUGCAUGUGACGGUGUCGAACGUCCUGCUGUACAACCGUCCGUUGACCUUUUCUGGUGGGAAUGCCGAUUUGGAAAAAGAUGUCGCAUCACCAGCGGAGGCUGCUUCUCAUACCGUGGCAGGGGGUCAAAAGACAACGGCGGGGGAAUCUGCCACUGCACAGCAACUGCCGCCGAGUCCAUCGCAGGGAAGUGUGGGGAGGGCGGCGUCGUCGAACUCCCAUGCCGUUGGAGGAGCAACGGGUGACGGCGGCACUGUGAGAGGGAGCGGACUGCUGCCAUCGCUGCUGCUUCUGUUGGGACUGUGGGGGUUCGCGGCUCUGUGA